UUUCCCGAUCUACGUCUGCGCGUGUCGGCCGGGUCUAUAAAAGCGACGCAGGGCGUCGCGACGGCUCCAGACGCGACAUACGCGCAUAACUGAAAAUGUGACAUCGAGGGAGGGAUAGAGAUUUUAUCGUCACCAUCGUUGACAGAUCAGUCGAAAAAUUUGUGUGAAAAGUCGAGAAGACGUCGAGGCCAUCGCCGGGGAUAAUUGGCUCGAGACGAGAUUCCAAUCGAUCGUUUCGUUUUUUUUUUUUUUGCGUAUUCGUUCGGUCGGGUUCGUUUCAGUGAACGGUACAAUUCAGUGAACAUGUAGAACGUCGAAGGGACACGUAUACAGAAGCAGAAGAGGAAGAAGAAGGAGAGGAGGAGGAAGAAAACGAGCGUUUUGUGAAAGUUGAAAGCGACGUCGAAAACUCGGUGAAUUGAUCGAAACUUGGAAUUUGUGCGUCGAUUCGUCAUUCCGCAGACACACCUUUCUCGCUCGUUCGCAAGGAUUACCGCAAUCGUUAUGAAACUUCACGAGAAAAAGGAGUCCGGGAUACACAGAGUGCAGGAGAUUCCUUUGGAGGAAUUGGAGCUCUCGAAAGAGUACGAAGUGGAGAAGACCCUCGGAGAGGGGAGUUUCGCCAAAGUGUUGUUGGCCACCCAUCGAGCCACGCGAACGAGGGUCGUUCUGAAAGCCGUCCACCAAGAGCUGACCACGGAGAAGGACUUUUUCCGCGAGUUUCACUACUCGUAUCACUUGAGCCCGCAUCCGAAUAUCCUGUGCUCGUACGCGGUCGCGUUCAAGGCGGAGAAGUGUUUCGUGUUCGCCCAGGAAUACGCCCCUUACGGGGAUCUCGCAGGGAACGUGAGGGCAGGGGGCUUGAGCGAGGAAGCCUGCAAAAGGAUCGCAAGUCAGCUUUGCUCCGCGCUCGACUUCAUCCACUCGAAGCAGCUCGCCCAUCGGGACAUCAAGCUGGAGAACGUGCUCGUGUUCGCCCUCGACAUGUCGAAGAUCAAGCUGUGCGAUUUCGGGUGCACGAGGCGCGAGGGGACCCUGGUCAACAAGAUCAGAUGCACCUGGCUACCCUUUCAACCGCCCGAGAUCUACGAGAUAGUGAAGAACGAGAGAUACGCGUGCAAGAGGAGCGCCGACUGCUGGCAAUUCGGGAUCGUUCUGUUCGUCUGCCUGACGGGGAAUCCGCCGUGGCAAACCGCCGACCUCAUACAAGAUCCCGAAUACUCGGCCUUCCAAAGAUGGCUGAAGAGAAGGACGACCAAAGUACCCCCCUCGUUCAGACGGUUCACGCCCAGGUUGCUGCGAUACUUCAGGAGAACGUUCGAGCACAAGCCCGAGAAGAGGCCGCACGUGACCGAAAUCAACAAAUACUUGAAAGACUCGUGGUGCGUGAACAAGAUCAGCCACAGCGCUACGUCCACGUUGGUGGACGCCAGCGAGGGUGUAGCGAGGAGGGCGGACAGUUUGCUGUACCUCGACACGAUCCUCGAUGAUCAACGGAACGUGGACGAGAACAAGAACAAGUUGAGGAAGCUGCUCAACAGUUACGGGCUCGAGACGACGAUCGAUCAGAAGGUUGUCACGAAAAGGAUCUGGGAGUGGGUGAUGCAGUGCGACUCGAACAUAGCCGAACCGGCGUUCGUGGGUAGUUUCGGGACAGAGAGUAUGUGAGGGAUGGUCAAAGCUUCUAGCGAACCUUGCCUUAGAAGCGAACGUCAGAAACGAAAGUAUAGUUUCGGUGGGUUCGACGCUGCCCGCGAGGGAAACGCGCCACCCUCUUCCCUAUGUGCCAAACCAACGUUCGAAAGAACGGCGACGAACUCACCUUCGAUCCUUCAUUAGAAACAAGAGGAAAAGGUGCAUCGUCCCUUCCGUGCCGUCGUCCACUCGCCUUUCACUUUCCAAUACCAAAUUCGAACGCGCUUUACCGUGAUAUGGACGUGAAAAUGUGUGAUAACUCCCCUCCCCUCUUUACUGUCUCUUUUAUUAACGUAUCUCUUCUCUUCCACCCUCAACGUCCACAACUCACGCUCUCACCUACUCCGAUCCAUCUUUCUCUGAUCCACGUCAUUUCCCUCAAAGCUGCAUCAAUCUUCUCUACGAGCGGACCAAUUAUCGACAAAUGUAUGUGCGUAUAUUUAUUAUCGCGUACAAACAUCUUUCGUACGCUUCCUCCCGCGUGGAAGACCCUCGAGACGAGAAUUGCCUAAAGACUGUACGAAAAAAAAAAAAAAAAGUUGAGUGCGAUGAAUGCGAGAGAUAACAGGGGCGAUCCUGAAUACGAAACGAAUGUGAUAGAAAACGAAAAAAGAAAAAAAGAAAAAAAAGAAAAAAAAAGAAAAAUUAUGACUGGGGCGAAUGCGAGCGUAAAUGCGAAAUCGGUGUUUUCGGUGUCGACUAUAGAGACAAUAAUGACUGCGGAUUUCCUAAUAAUUUAUUACAUUAUGAUAAUUAUAAUAAUAGUUUAAAACGAAACGGUAACCGGUAGAGAUCACUGUACGAGGCCUUGCGUGAAAUCGAGGAUUUCGUUCCGUCGUGCAAUCGUAAGAGGAAACACGUUCUAAACGUUCACCGCGAAAAAUGGAGCGAAAAAUUUGGGAGAAAAAAAAAACUCGAAUAGAGAUUAAUUCGGUAUUUAGCGUCGUUAAGCGAUAUAGCGUAUGCAUAAACAUAGCGCGCAUAUAUUCUUUUAGCAAUUUAUCGGUAGAAGGAGAGAACAUAUAGAAAUCGAUCGAUGGUACAUAAUUUGGUAGAGCUACCUUACCACGAAACAGCAGGCUAUACACACGCAGUGACGCGUAUUCUUCCCCCCACGUAAUGCGAAAUUUGUAAUUGAUAAAAUUGUGUUAUGUAGAAUCAAGUUGGUGGAAACGAGGAAGAGGAAAACGAAAAGGGAAGAAAUAUGCAACAACAACGCGUUGGGCCUCCGUUAUCGCGAAACAAUGUUUUCUAUAUAAAUGAUAUCGAAAUAAACGCAUUAAAUAUAAACAAAAUUGCAACAUAGUCUAUGAUAGUAUUCUCUCGGGUCAGCCUCUCUUUUUCAACAUCUUUUAAAAAAACUGAUAAAACUUAUUAUUCUUUCGCAGCGAAAGAAAGAAGGAAAAACUGCUCGAACGGUUCAACAAACGAGACCGUUCGCUGCUUGAACGAAUUUAUUUUUUUCAAGGAAAAAAGAGUUAUCAAAAUAUGUCUGACUUUACAUUUUCAUUGCGAUAUAUAUUUUCCGCGAUGUUUUUUAAUUACGAGCGAAAUAUCUACUAUCUAUAUAUAUAUUCAUAUUUAAAUACGUGAAACAUUUUUCUUUUUUCUUGUCCUUCAAUCUCGCGUCUCAAAUGGAAAAGAGAGCAACUAAAAGGACCAUCGAGGAAUACUUGACCUUUGACCUUUUUUCUUUUCCUUUUCCCGAAUCCGCGAGUUUCGCAGCCAUCACGAACGUGCUACUUGUCCGAUUUGACACACCCUUGACCUGCGAAACACCUAUUUUUCUAGAGUUGUCGACUGUUGUCGACUUAUUUUCUAUAUAUCUAAUCGUCCAGUUCUUAAAAGCGAGUAAAAUCACGUAUUCUCUUUCUCGAUAGGAGUCAACAAAAAUAAUUAAAAAAACAUUCUUUUUUACGAGCAUCGAUAUCUGAAUUUAUAAAUGUGCGUUUAACGUGCACGGAUUUCAUCGUGCUGUUAAAAAUGAAAUCACAAAAUUUAUUAUACGAUUUUAGAGAAGAGCGAAAGAUUCGAGGAAUCGUUGACGAUAAUAUUUCGAAAACUGUUCGUUUCGACAUAAACAAAAUAAUAAUUUUGCUAGAAAAAUUUUCGUAAAUAUUAUUACGUAUCUAUUAUUGAUAUAAGAAGAGGUAGAUUAAGAAACGUCAAACUUUUACUACUACUACUAUUACUACUACUACUAACAUGUAUUCGUCUUUUAUCCGUAUACGAUGGGUAUUUUGGGUUCGCGCGCUACUAUUUCCGCGCAUCGCGCGUUUAUUCUGAAUCGUUUGCUUUCCCAAGUUACGUACUUCUACAACAUGCGAACAUAUCUACCUCGUGUGAAAACAUGCGUACGUCUAUAUGUACAGCUAUAAUAAUAUAGAAUGAAAAAAAAAUCGCGAUAGAAAAAUAUACUCGAAUCUAUGAUAUAAAUAUAAAUAUUCUUUUCGUCACAGGUAUAAAUCAUGAUAACGAUUCAUAUGUAAAUAAUGUGAACAAUUUUAAAAUAUCAAAGCAUACGUAUAAGCGUAACAUUGCGAUAAUACCGAGACCGUGAAUUUGGAAACAGAGAGGAAGAGAAAGAAAGUUGAGACAGCGGACGGCUCGUCGCCGAGUAUCUCGUCAUCGAUCCUCCGGUCCAACAGCCCGACGUCUAUUUUCAUACAGGCUAACCUAUUUAUAUGUACGGACAAUGUUCCACUUUUAUCGGCCGAUGAGAACAGCAAGCAACCGCGCGUCACAUCGUGUCGGAACUCGAUAUAUCGCGUAGAUUGCUCUUCAGAGUACCGAACAAAUCUGCAUCGUGCUAUUUCACGAGUUAACUGGUACCACGUGCUUAUAUACAUUAUACUUAUAUGCCCCCUACCGCUAACACGCCUUCAUGUUUUACGAUCUCCCUUUUGAUUUCUUGACGUCAAAGAAGCGCUCUCGGAACGAUAACGUUGAAUAUCAGGAAGAAAAGAUUCGACAAAUAUACGAAUUGAAAAUUAUUUGGAAGAAACAUUUUAAAAGUGAAACGAUUACUUACCAAAUUACAAGUUAUUUUACUGAAAACUCCGCUGAACAUUCUAUAUUUUCUUGCGAGUUUGGGAAUGUCUUCCAUAGCCUGUCAAAUUCAUCGAUGAAUGGCUUCACUAACAAAUGUUGAUUAGUCACUAUUAUGUGAUCGAAAUUGCCAAAAAAAGCAGACAUUGUCCAAUUCGUGCUACCAGUGAUUAAUAUGUCAUUAUCCACGAUCGCGAACUUAUGAUGCAUUAAACCAACGUAAUAUUCUAAUCUAAUUGUGACCCCUAAAACGCAAAUAAUUUCAAAAUUCUAAGAAAAAAAUUAAUUUAAAUAUCGUUAAUAAUAAAGAAUUGAAAGUUAUUGAAGUGUAUCUAAUGUAUAUAAUAAUAAUAAUAAAUAUACAAUAAUUAUUUUUCA